AUGUGGCUGUAUCCUAUCACCCUCAUCCCAACGAUAUUAUCACAUCCACCCAGCACCCUAAUGUUGCUGCUGCAUGGCUUGUGUUUUGGCCACAUCCUGUUGUCACAGCAACCUGAUUACGUUCCGUUCCCCGAUAGCACCAUUCUAUUCCGUGUGGAUAUUUACGGAGCUCUUGCAGGAUACGACAAGAUGCUACAUACACAGGCUGCAAAGGAUAGAGUUAUGACCAAGACCACCUACAAACAAGCUAAGAUCGGAAUGGCCAACAUUGGUCCUACAAAAAUUUGUGAACCACAUUCCAAGCACGCUCAGGGAGCCUUUUUAAUGCAGCCCCACAUAAUGCAAUUUUAA